CUUACAUUUCCGCCAAAAGAACACAAACGACGGAAGUUACUAAUUCAUAUUAUAAACUCCAAGAUGGCGCUGUCAAGUGUGUUACAGAGUGAGUCUGCGGAUUUUUCAUUUGGUAAAGAUGGGUCUUUUGGCUACGGUUGUGGCCAUAAUGACUUGGACGAAAGUCUUAAUUUUGCCGUGAGAGCUUCUAUGAACCCCGUGGAUGAGGAAGGCCCCGAGAGGAAAAUAGAAUUUCUCCAUGGGACCACCACUUUGGCAUUCAAAUUCCAGCAUGGUGUCAUAGUUGCGGUGGAUUCCAGAGCAACAGCUGGCGCCUACAUCGCCUCUCAAACAGUGAAGAAGGUGAUUGAGAUCAAUCCCUACCUGCUGGGCACCAUGGCCGGAGGUGCUGCCGACUGCAGCUUCUGGGAAAGGCUUCUGGCCCGCCAGUGUCGCAUCUAUGAGCUGCGCAACAAGGAGCGAAUCUCUGUGGCAGCAGCCUCCAAAUUGUUGGCCAACAUGGUCUACCAGUACAAGGGAAUGGGCCUAAGCAUGGGAACCAUGGUGUGUGGCUGGGACAAGAGAGGACCAGGACUGUACUACGUGGACUCUGAGGGGAACCGUGUGUGCGGCGACCUGUUUGCCGUGGGCUCGGGCUCCAUGUACGCCUACGGCGUGGUGGACAGCGGCCUCCGCCAGGACCUGACGGUGGAGCAGGCGUGCGAGCUGGGCCGCCGCGCCAUCUACCAGGCCACCUACCGCGACGCCUACAGCGGGGGCCAGGUCAACCUGUACCACGUCCACAGCAAGGGCUGGGACAGGGUGUCUCAGGAGGACGUGCUCAUGCUGCACCACCAGUACAAGGCACCGGCGUAGAGACGCAGGACGACGGAGGGGAAAGGGGAGGGGAGGAAGCGCCUCUUGCGUUCUGUUAAAGGAUUUGUUGGAAUUUGUCUCAGUGAGGUUGAUGUCAGUAGGAGGGUUCUGAUUUUUUUUCUUUUUUCUUCUUUCAGGAUUCAUUUCAUAAGCACACGCAUUACCCAACUGUUACCAGUUUACUCAUCAGAUUUGUUGUUGGAUGAUGUUCCAUUUAUCCCCAGUAGUAGGCUGCACUUCCUCCCCACAGUGUGUUCAGUGUGAGGGGGCGCAAUUGUGCUGAGCAGAGGGGGGUGGGCGAUGAGUCAGACAUGCCUCUUUCAGUGUAGGAGUAGUCUUGACUGUCACACACAGUUUUCACAUGUUAACCACAGCUGUGAAAAACCUUUUUUUUCUCAAUAAACCCUGGGAUUUUUUCAACUUU